AUGGGUACAGUUUACCAUCCCUUCCAACAACAGCUCCAUCCUCCCAGUAAUGAUGGCAGCCAGCCCUACGACCCAAAAAUGCAAUUCAUAGCCCAAGACCAAUCGGGCAUGAAUCUACACGGCGCGCUUCCCCAGGGUCCUUGGGAGCAAUGGUGGUCUCCUGAGAAUGCCGCCUUCGCUGAAGCAUCAAACUUGGCCGCCCCAAAUGCCUACGCGCAAGAACACCAGCAACAAUACGUCCAGUGCGCCUACGAUCAGGACUCUUCGGCGCAUUGGGCAUCCCCUUCAACUUCAAUGCGCAGCUAUCCCGUCCCAUCUCCUUCCACAGAGUCAACCAGCGUAGAGAAUAUGACCGGUUGCUCCGAAAGCCGUCGACCCUCUUCACCACCCCAGCCCGACAAACGAAAACGUAACGCGAGCCGAUCUACAACGUCGAAAGCUCCAAGACGCGCGUCAACUCGGAAGACUAUCAAGACAGAAACAGCCCCAGAAAAGCCGAAAAGGCGCGGCAAAGGAAAAACAGCAGCAAAGGCCCAAGCUACAAAGACGAGAUCGCCGUCUCCCGAAUCAGAAGAACUCGAUGAGCACAGCAAAAAGGUCCAGGAGAGAAACCGCAUCGCCUCCAACAAAUUCCGCGUCAAGAAGCGCGAAGACGCCAAGAAACUUCGAGCCGACGAACAAGAUAUGGAGCGAGUAAACCGCGACUUGUCAAGCUGCGUGUCUGAACUCACGAUGCAGGUCUACGACCUCAAGAUGAGGCUAUUGCAACACACCGACUGCGAAUGCCACUUGAUUCAAAACUUUAUUGCGAGUGAAGCGCAUCGAUAUAUCCAAGACUUGGGCGAGGGGAAACAGAGCCACGCCACCCCGCCGCUUUGCCCAUACAACCAACACAAUUGA